AAACCCGGCCCACACUAUAGCAUGUCCAGGCCCAUUGGGUCCACACUAUCCAGUCACACCUUGGCUACCACCGAAUUCGUCGACCAAAUGCCGCCGCAGUGGCCGUGCCUCCAGCCCGCCGCCGCCGCCGCUCGCCGCUUCCCCCCCUUCGUCUCCCGCAGGAGGCGCUGCUCCUCCUCCGUCCCCGCCCCCGUCUGCGCCUCGGCGCCCUCCGGCCACGCCCGCGAGCAGGAGGAUGGGCAGUCGCUGGUUGUGGUGGGCGGCGGCGCCGCCGGGGUGUACGCGUCGAUAAGGGCCAAGGCCCUGGCUCCCCACCUCAACGUGGUGGUCAUCGAGAAAGGCAAGUUCUUGUCCAAGGUCAAGAUCUCCGGCGGCGGGCGGUGCAAUGUCACCAACGGGCACCAUCUCGAGCCGUCGGGACUGGCGAGAAAUUACCCUAGGGGGUACAAAGAACUCCGGGGAUCGUUCUUUCGUAGUCAUGGGCCACAGGACACCAUGCACUGGUUUUCAGAUCACGGUGUGGAGCUUAAGACCGAAGAGGACGGUAGAGUCUUUCCUGUCACUGACAACUCUGCGUCGGUAGUAGACUGCCUGCUGAACGAGGCGAGAAGACUGGGAGUUUCCCUGCAGGCUGGUAAAUCCGUGUCCGGUGCAUCUGUCGACGCCAACGGCAAGUUUGUUGUCAAAGUUGAGAAGCGUACUAUUGAUUUUGUUGAUUACAUCAACGCUAAUUAUGUCUUGGUUGCUACAGGCAGCAGCCAGCAGGGCUACUCAUUUGCUGCGCAACACGGUCACUCGAUUAUUCCACCGGUGCCCAGCUUAUUCACAUUUAAAAUUGCAGACAAGCGACUGGCUGAUCUCUCCGGGGUUUCGUUCACAAGAGUCAAAGCAAAAUUGAUGCUAGAUGGGAUUCAGAAAAGCGCUCCUGAAUUAACUCAGACUGGACCUAUGUUGGUUACACAUUGGGGGCUUAGUGGCCCUGUUGUUCUUCGAUUGUCUGCAUGGGGAGCGCGUGAACUAUAUCAGGACAAGUACCAAGCAAAGCUUGUGGUUGACUUCAUACCUGACAUUCACAUCGAGGACGUGAAGCGGAUCCUAUUCCAGCACAAAGACCAACAUGCGAAGAACAAAGUAAAUAACGCCUUUCCCAAGGAGUUUGGUCUGGUGAAGAGGUUUUGGGGUUUCCUUCUAGAACAGGAGAGUUUAGAUGGUGACAUGCACUGGGCCACCGUGCCAAAAACUCAUCUAAACGCGAUAGCCCUUCGUUUAAAACAGUGGAUGUUUGAGGUUGUUGGGAAGGGCCAAUUCAAAGAUGAAUUUGUGACAGGUGGAGGUGUUCCACUUUCAGAGAUAUCGCUUGGCACCAUGGAAAGCAAGAAGCAGCCCAAUCUGUUCUUUGCAGGAGAGGUACUUAACGUCGACGGGGUCACCGGCGGAUUCAAUUUUCAGAACGCAUGGACUGGUGGGUAUAUAGCUGGGACAAGCAUUGGCACAUUGGCAUCAAACAGCAUUCUCAAAGAAGAGCAAGCCUGUUUGCAACUACAAGGAUCUUAAGGACAUGUAUGAAAUCAUGACAAGGAGGGUAGUGAUUCAAGGAUUCCUAGUUCUUACUGGCUGACAAACUUUGUUAAAACUUCUGAGAGUAUAAAGUUGGGUCAUCUAUUUUGGAACGGAGUGAGUAGUCCACAAUAUUGUAGCUAAAAAAACAAGCAAAGAUAACCAAGUUUCACAUCGACUAACUGUAUCGUCGUCUUGUAGCGACAAUUUUGCUGUGGAGUAAGAUCCUAGUUGAGCAACUUGUGAAUCCUUGUAAACUUGGCAGUAAGAAUCAGAAGAUCAAUAUGCCCAGUGCAUUCAUUGCUUUUCCUGAA